AUGUCUGCUGAAACCGCCGCCGCCAAUACUGCUACUACUCCAGUCCCAGAAAUUCAAGAACAGGAGGGUUCCAAGAGCAAGCAAGUUAACUUGACGCCGGCACCUUUGCCUACAUCUUCACCAUGGAAACUUGCUCCAUCUGAAGUUCCUGUUUCCACCAUUUCCAUAGAAGACUUGGAUGCCACAAGAAAGAAGAAGAACAGAACACCCACUCCAAAAUCGUCCACUGCUACGAAGUGGGUUCCCAUCAAGGCGUCCAUUACUGUCUCUGGCACUAAGAGAUCUGGUUCUAAGAACGGUGGAAGCAAUGGCAACAACAACAAGAGCAAGAACAACAAGACUGCAGCAUCAUCAACAUCUAGUAACGCUAACAGGAAAAAGAAGCAUCACCAACAUAAUGCUAAGAAGCAACAGCAGCAGCAAUUGAAAAAGGAGGGCUAUGAACCAACAGGUGAGGAAGAUUUAAAGGACACCACUUCUCAAGAAAAUGGUCAAUCUACACAACAGCAACCACCAUCUCACCACCGCAAUCAUCACCAUAGCAGUAAUGGUCCUCAAAGAAGAAAGUUUCAUAACAGUAACAACGCCGGUAUGCCUCAGAAUCAAGGAUUCCAACCACAGUUUAAGCCUUACCAAGGACGUAACCCUCGUCCUAAUCACAACAAUCGCUUAAAAUACCACAGCCACAUCCAUCACAACCACCACCCUCAACAACCUAUGGUCAAAGUACAACAACAGUUCUACCCAGUUCAACCAGUGUUGAUGGCCAUUAACAACAUUGCUAGACAAAUCGAGUACUACUUUAGUGAAGAAAACUUGACCGUCGACAACUACUUGAGAUCCAAAUUAUCCCAAGAUGGGUUUGCUCCAUUAUCUUUGAUCUCCAAGUUUUAUAGGGUUGUCAACAUGUCCUUUGGUGGUGACGAAAACUUGAUCUUAGCUGCAUUGAGAGAAAUUGUUGCUAACGAAAACGCUACCGUCAAUGUUUCAGAAGGUUCUUGGGUCAACAAGGAAACCGAGAACGUUGCUAGUGAAGUCAAAGAAGCAUCUCUGUUAGACAAGUACUUCAUCCGUUCCAAGAGCUGGUCAAAUUGGUUACCAGAGACUUUUGAAACUGAAGUAGACAUUGAAAAGGAACUCACCGGCAAUGCACUGGACCAAUUCAUUAUAUCUUUGCCGCCAGCCCCUCAAGAAGAAGCGGAACCAUCAAUUGGAUCCACUACUCAAGAACAAGAAAUUAAAGAAGACUCAGCAGUGACCGCAGUUGGUGAAUCUGAAUCCUCCUAA